GGCCAGAAGAAAAGCACCGUGAAGGUGUGGGACUUCUUCGAGCCUGGCAAGAGGAUCACAGCCCUAUUCACCGUGAACAGCAGCGGACGCAUGCGUGUCUGGAAGAACGGCGAGCUGGCCGCCGAAAUAGACGGGCACGCACCGUAUUUCAACGACAGGCCGCACCUGAUGAUCGGCGGCCACUACCUGUACAAGAA